AUGGGUUGGUUCGGCGAUUCGUUUGGCGCCGACAAGAGCGGUCGCUGGCCGAAGCACCCCGAUAACAGUGGCAAGACCGAAAUCGCCUACUGCUACGAAAACAAGGCUGCGAAAGAUGAGCUGGAAGGAGUUAUAGCGGAGGGCUGGGGAGCGUGGCAGCGCUCUCUUGGUCGCUGGGGCAAGGAGAGCGGCCAUUCACUGCUCUUUACACGGCGCCUUGUUCCUGGCCAGGACAUCUACUGCUAUCUGGCAAAUGGCAAUUGGAACCAGUUGUUUCCAGCAGACACCGUCGUUAUCAAACGUGGUGCUCCAGGGGGCUGGGCUGCAGCGUCUUCUUUGGGAUAUAGGUCUGAAGGUUCACCUGGUCGUCAUCAAUUGAGUAUCGGUAACGCGGAACAAGCACCGAACAGAGAUCUGGCCUGGGUCGUAGCUCACGAGCUAGGCCACAUCUUCGGCUUGAUGCACGAGCACUCACGCGGAGACCGCGAUGACCACGUCCAAUUCAACGGCCCCAGUCUCACCGGCUACCAUGAAGCUCUCUAA